UAAUACCCCUCCACAGCUAAUUUAGUUUCUUCGAAAUACCUUGCCGCCUGCACUUUGCCCGUACCGCCGCAUUGCUCCUGAUCGUUGUGAAGCUCCGACUUCCUGAGACGAUUCGGCGAUUCCUCGCGCUCCAGCAUGGAUCCUCUUACACUAUUAGUUACUGGUGCUGCCAUUGCCGUGACGCCCUUUGCCGCCAUUGCACUAUGGCACCUUGUACCCGUUAUCUUCCGCGCCUUCAUUGGGACGAUAGGGUCGUGCGCCGGCUGGUACCUACGAAAGAAGACAGAUGGCCGUCGUGCCUUAAUAAUACGCGCCACCGAGGAUGGAGAAGCUAGUUUUCGUGAAAAGAACGAAGCAAACGGUGCAGUAGGUGGGGGAAAGGCAGACGGGGAAGAGGGAAAUACCGAUAGAGAAUGGACCGGCAUCGUUGGCUUCUUCCAUCCCUUUUGCAAUGCUGGUGGUGGCGGCGAGCGUGUCCUAUGGGCUGCCGUGCGUGCAACACAGCAGAGAUGGCCGAAGGCUAAGAUUGUCGUCUACACUGGUGACCACGAUGUGUCUAAGGAUAAGAUGCUCUCUCGUGUCAAGAAUACCUUCAGUAUUGACAUACACCCACCCACCAUCCACUUCCUCUACCUCUCCACCCGCCAUUGGGUGCUCGCCACUACCUGGCCUCAUGCAACAUUGCUAGGACAAUCUCUUGGCUCAGUUAUCAUGGGUUGGGAUGCGUUCUCUCUGGUCGUACCUGACAUUUUUGUCGACACAAUGGGCUAUGCUUUCACGCUUGGUCUCAGCAAGCUGUUGUUCCCCAAAGUGCCUACGGCUGCUUACGUACACUAUCCGACUAUUUCUACUGACAUGCUCGAGUCUCUGGAUCCCAAAAGCGCCGUUGGGAAUCAAGGAGUAAAUGCCGGAAAGGGGGCGGGUUUCAAGGGUGCUCUCAAGCGACACUACUGGAAGCUAUUUGCUGCCCUUUACUCGCGCAUGGGGGCCUCUGUCGAUGUUGUCAUGACCAAUUCCACCUGGACACAAGGUCACAUUCAGAGCUUGUGGGGCGCUCGCCGCAAGGAUAGGAGCCGUCAACACGAGAUCGCUGUGGUCUAUCCACCAUGUGCUGUUACUGAUAUUGAAGAGGCCGUCGAGCUCACUGAGCAGGCCGAAAAGAAGCGCGAGAAGUGCAUAGUGUAUAUCGCUCAGUUCAGACCCGAAAAAAACCAUAAGCUCAUUCUCAACUCGUUCGCCGAGUUUGUUCAGUCCGGCUCCGCGGCUAGUAAAGACGCCAAGCUUGUUCUCCUUGGUAGUGUCAGGGACGACAGCGACUCGCGGCGGGUGUACGAGCUUCGGCUGCUCGCCAACGAGCUCCACAUCAAAGACCGCGUCAUCUUCAAGCUCGAUGUGCCCUGGUCUGAGGUCCUCGAGUGGCUAGGCAAGGCUUAUAUCGGCGCGAACGGCAUGUGGAAUGAGCAUUUUGGCAUUGGCGUCGUCGAGUACCAGGCCGCUGGUCUCAUCUCCGUUGUCCACAAUAGCGGAGGUCCUAAACUUGAUAUCGUGGCUGACAUCGAUGGGGAGCCAACAGGAUUUCACGCCACCACAACAACGGAGUACGCCGAAGGUUUCGAGAAAGCUUUUUCCUUGCCCGAUCCGCUGGCUGUUCGGUUAAGGGCGCGUAAAUCAUCCCGGAGAUUCUCAGACGAGGAGUUUACCAAGCGUUGGUUAGCGCAGCUGGAAAAGGUCGUCGGGGCAAUGCCGUGAUCGUAGCCUGCAUACCUGGGUACAAUAGACUGGACCGCUAGAAAUUAAUAGAUGGUGCAUUAGGAGGUGAAUGGACAUGCAACGCGGAUAGGUGCGUUCGUGGGUGAUACCCUUAGAAUAGUUAAUGCAUGGGAACGGUUGGCUUGGCCCUGGAGUUUAUACCUUUGCUUUCUGUUUUGCUUAUGUAGAAGAAUAAGAUGGGUAGGUAGAUCUGGUUCUAGAUCACCUAGCUA